UGUCUUUCACUCUAUCUUUCUAUCUUCAUUAUUGGGGUGGGUGUGUUAGCUUUUUUAUCACUUUGUACAGAACCUUUCUGACCCACUGAUUGAACCCAAAUAAGGAGACUUGUGUACCAAUUAUAUCACAGCAUCAUCUACUCUCUCCUCUCGUUGAUCUCUAUUGGGACCAACAGUUAAAUCAUACUCGAUCUGCCCAAGGAGCCUUUGAUUUCUGGGUCUAUUGUCUACCAGCAACUGUUGCCUUGGACUAUUUUACACCAUCGAACCCGGUCCAACGGUGUACGGUGUGAAGGCAUCGCUCGUUUUUGGAUAUCUCCAACCCGUUCUUGAUAUUCAGUUGUCUUGCCCUGCUUGCCCUGCUUGGGCUUCUUGGAUAUCUUACAUAAAAUUGACCCUACCCCGGUGGGCCAAAUCUACAAGUCAAUAUGAACGCUCCAGACAGAUAUGAGUCGUUCGUUCUUGGGAAUGGCGAGAAUAAAGUUGAAAUGGAAAUCGAUACUCGUAUUCCUUCCUCAGCUAUAUUCACUUUCAACAAGGAGGAUCACACGCUGGGAAACCUGAUCCGUUCUCGCCUUCUACAGAGCUCUAACGUUCUCUUCGCUGCCUACAAGGUCCCCCACCCACUCGUUCCCAAGUUUGAACUCCGUGUCCAAACCAAUGGUGACAUCACCCCCAAACAAGCUGUCAUUACUGCCUGCCACGAACUUGUCCGCGAUCUGGGUAUCCUCUCUCGCGAAUUCACCAAGGAAUACGAGCUGCGCAAGAUGGUUGGGGCCACUCAGCAGCAGCAGAACGGCGCUACCGAUGGCAUUUAGCCGGUAUUCAUGUAACAGCCUUCUGUUAGCUGGGUGUAUGGUGCAGGUGACUUUCAUUUAGAUCUACGCAGCUGGUCAUGCGUUUCUUCCGAUCUUGUUCUUGUUCCUUUCCCUAUCCCCUCUUGUAAUCCAAGGAGCUAGACCUCCACGACCAUCAUCAUCUGCAUGUAUGUAUGUCACCAUGACAUGAUUGAGCACCCGGCAUGAUUUUAAUGACAAGAUUCUUGUUCACAUGGG